CUUAGCAGGUUAUCAUGGGCUUCAUGCUUCCGAGGUUCAUCGCCAUUAGACCAACUUAUUAUCCUCUUGCAGGGCAUUUCUACUACGACGAUAAAGCAAGUGUGGUAAAUCUUGGGGAGAGGAGUGUGUUCAGCACACUGGUGAAGAUUGAAGUGGAAAGAGCAACAAGCAACACCAACUACGUUCACCUCCGCUUCAGUCAUUCCAACAGGUAUUGGUCGAUGAGAGUGGGUGGCAACGGCAUCGAUGCUGUAUCGAAGAAGCCCGAGGAAAACACAAAGAAUCCUUCAUGCACGCUGUUCCAACCGGUUCAUAGGUUUGGUGCGGCAGAAGGAAUGUUUGACUUGAUUUACGUUCCGACUGGUCACCGUGUGUUGGUAGAUGCGCGAAACUGGGGCAUUGUCAUCGCCGGAAAUACCCUAGAUUUGUUCGGUAAUUUUAGUUAUGUGGAUUGGAGUACAUUGGUCAAACUGCCUCCCCACGUCACUUUCAAAGGGGAUAACGGAAGGUACCUUACAGGAGUGGCCCAAGAUGGGUACAACUACCUGCAGUACUCAUCCAGUGAUAUUGAUCCGUCGUGCGGCCAUCGCGUGUCGUUGAUGCCAGACGGACAUGUCCGGAUAACGUCGGAUCACUGGGGGGGCAAGUUCUGGAGGCGCAGUCCUAACUGGAUAUGGGCCGAUUCGGACGCGUCUUCCAUCGACAACCCCGAUACUCACUUCUGGCCGGUGAAACUAGCCGGCGACAACACCAUUGCACUCCGCAACGCCGGCAACAACCGUUACUGCUCACGUCUUUCCCAAGACCGGAAGACCAACAUGUUAAAUGCGGCCUGGAUCGACAUCCACGAUGUAGGAAAAAUGGAGGUGCAAGAGCUUGUGUCGGAAAGAAACGUGUACAACGUGAAAUUUCGGAUGGAGGACGCCAGAAUAUACGACGAGGAGCCUUACAAUGCAGGCUCAUCCCAGCUUGAUAACAACAGAGACGAGGGGGCUGAUAUGUCUGUUUCGGUUACGUAUCAAGACGCGAAAUCUUACACUUUUGGUCGGAGCUUAUCUUUAACUGCAGGGGUGGAAACCAGCUUUAGCACUGGCGUUCCAUUCAUUGUGGAAGGAAAUAUCAAGGUCUCAUUCAAGAUAGACACCGCUCUCAAGUGGGACGAAACCACAACUACUAGCACAUCAGUUACUGCUACCGGUUCCGUUCAUAUCCCUGCAAAGAGUAGUGCUAUCAUUGAGUAUGUCGGGACACAGGGCACUUGCGAUGUUCCUUAUUCUUACACGCAGCAAGACAGAAGCUCCACCGAUGGCACCAUUUCUUACACGGAGCAGGAUGAUGGUAUUUACAAAGGCGUCAGUUGUUACAACUUCCACUUUGUUACCAAAUCCGUUAAAGCCCUUGUCUGAACAUCCCAUGCCGUUUUCUCAGCCGAUCUGAUCUGAUCUGCUCUCCUCAAAACAUCCAUUACCUUUGCCUUUUUAUUUAUUUUUAUUUUUUUAAUUGUGUGUGUUUUUCGGUAUGCUUCUUUCAGCUUUGGUUUCCCGUUGUUGUUGUUGUUGUUGUGCUAAUAAUUCCAGAUAUAUGUAUCUGAUGAUCCCCAAGUUAUAUGUAUACUCUAAGUUUCGUUCUGGACUUCUGGUUGAUUUGAAUUUUGAAAUAAAAUGGAUGUUUCAAUAUAA